AUGGAUGGAAUUGUGGGACUUACUGAUUCCGAACGCGAACGCUACCAAGGUGAGACCAACUGGCCUGCACGUAUCAAAGUGGGCGCGGUGGAGUACUUCUUGGUAUCUCGAGGCUAUUGGGCAAACUACCAUUACUGGGGACGGGUCGUACGAGCUAUUGAUGGCAUCCUCGGGGUUUGGCUUUAUGACAAACGUGAAAACAGCGGAAUAGCCCAGCUGGAAUCGGCGGAUGUCUCCACCAUUGGCGGUUGCUCUCCCGAUACCUCCUGGCUGUUCUACUCUCGCAUGCCUCAGGCAGAAGAGAUUGAUCAAAUCUCUUCUGCAAUUCGCGAUCUCGUCAAACUUUUUCCAAAAAAAGCCUCCAACAUUCCCUUUUCAAUGCCAACUUCGACAUUUCCAUUUGGCGGGGGCCUGCCUCAAGAUCAUGAAACCGAAGGCGAUGCAAAGGCCGCAGGAAAGGAGGCAAAGGCUAGUGUGGAGAGCAUUCUUGCUCCCAGAGUGGCGGCCGUCACAUUGGGACAACAUACGGAGGUUGAAGUUGAAGAGGAAGUUUUGCUCACAGAAGCAGCAGAUAAGAAGUCUAAACCGGUACCAUUGUCACCCAGGAAGCGCAAGGGAAAAUCACAACCCGACGGGAAGGUUGUGCUAGAGGCAAUGGAAAAACCACCGCCUGUAGUGGCCUCAAGAACCACGCGUACCAAAACCCGAAUGGAGGUCAAGGAUGAACCGGACACGAAAGGAAAACAAGAAGCAUCUAAACCAAACAAAGGAAAAUGGAAAGGUUGGGCUAUCGUGGAAGAUGUGCCCGUCGAAGAAAGUGGGGCUGAAGAUGUAGAAGAAGUUGUAGCAGAGGUCAAACCCACCAGGUCAAAGCGUCACCGUCGUGGCUGA